AUGAGUUCUUAUAGAGGUGGUGGUAGAGGUGGUGGUAAUAACUAUAUGAGCAAUCUGCCCUUCGGGUUAGGUUACGGAGAUGUAGGCAAGAAUCACAUUACGGAGUUCCCAUCCAUUCCACUACCCAUCAAUGGUCCAAUAACAAACAAGGAAAGAUCUUUAGCGGUAAAGUACAUCAAUUUUGCAAAGACCGUAAAAGACGGCCCAUUCUACACCGGAUCGAUGAACUUGAUAAUAGAUCAGGAGCGCAAUAGCAAGAGCGGUAAACGCAAGACCAACAUAAUUCUAGAUGAAGACGACACCAACGACGGCAUUGAAAGAUACUCCGAUAAGUAUCUGAAGAAAAGGAAGAUAGGCAUCUCCAUCGAUGACCAUCCGUAUAACCUGAACCUCUUCCCCAAUGAACUGUACAAUGUAAUGGGGAUCAACAAAAAAAAACUAUUGGCCAUUUCUAAAUUCAAUAAUGCGGAUAAUGUUUUCACUGGUACAGGCUUACAAGACGAAAACAUUGGAAUUUCCAUGUUGGCAAAACUUAAGGAACUGGCCGAAGACGCAGACGAUGCGACCACGGGCGGUGCUACGACAAAAGACACUAAUAAAACAGGCGAAGGUGAUGAUGAUGAUUUGGCAGACGACGAUUUUGAAGAAGAUGAAGACGAGGAAGACGAUGACGAUUACAACGCUGAAAAGUAUUUCAACAACGGUGAUGAGGACGAUUACGGUGAAGAAGAGGAAACAAAUGAGGAGGCUGCCUUUUAA